ACAAUGCGGCACUGCAUUGUAUGUUGUGUAUUACAUCAUCACCUAUUUCGAUAAAUUCUUACCUCACCACAACUGGAUAAAUAAAUACACACAACAAUUAUUAUUUGUAUUGUUGCAAGCUGUGUCGCGUUCAGUGUCAAUUGACAGUCUCAACCGUUCGGUUUAAAAGAGCGUUUCAUUUCGCUGAAGAAUUCAUCAUUGUAAAACCCACCAUACUUAACAAGUUGCAGAGUUAAAUACACCGCUUUAGACAUGCCUAACUGUCCCAAGUGCGAUAAGCCCGUGUAUUUCGCCGAAAGAAAAACUUCGUGUGGUAAAGAUUGGCAUUCAGCAUGUUUGCGAUGCGAACGUUGCAGUAAAACAUUGACACCUGGCGGUCAUGCUGUAAGAGAAGAUAAACCGUAUUGUCACACUCCAUGCUAUUCGACCCUGUUCGGACCUUCAGGUUUUGGCGCUGGGGGUCAAAGUUAUAAGUACGACACAAAGUAGUUGCCUGCCUGCCCAACCAGUCAUCUAAAAGAAUUAAUUUUUGAUAAAACCUUUUUUAUUCGGAACGAGAUUUAACCUAGUUUUAAAAUAUUAUUUUCUUCUUUGGAUAUAACUAUCGCUGAAAGCCAUUAUUGUGCCACAUAUGUAAUAGAUUGGAGAAAGUGAUGUGAAACUUUAUGUAUUUCCAUUUUGUCAUUUAUACCCUGCAUCCGAAUUUUUUCUUCAAUAAAAUCUUGUUACGCUGAAUAGACUCGUAUUGCUAACAUUUUUCUC